GAGCUUCCAGCAACAGCUGCCAAUUGGUCAGAGAAAGAGAUUGAGGGAUCUAUUGACUAAUGGAAAGAAUUGACUGCUGAAAGGUCCCACCCAUAGAGGGCGUAGGGAAGUGGCCUCCUCAGCAGUCACUACUGGACAGUGCUCGGGCCGGAGGGCUAUCCGUACUCGGAGCUUACCUUUGACCUCUGCCGCCCGCCUCCGGACUCUAGCCUCUCUGGGGCUUUUUCGAACUAGAUAGCCAGACUCCGGACCAAAGCAUGUUCCCGGUGAAGGUGAAAGUGGAAAAAUCAGUUUCCAUGUUUCUGGAAGUAGUCCUGAUUUGGGGAUUGUGUUACGACCCUGAAGUACAUGGACUCUUAAAUCCUCACAAUCACUAUAUUUCAAUAAACUUAGAAAGAAGUGCAGUUGGUGAGGAAACUAAAGCUCUGAGUUAAGGCAGAGUUGAUGGAAACCCAAGACCAGAAUGAGUUGGAGAUGGCCAAAGCACGGAACCAACUGGAUGCUGUUCUACAGUGUCUUCUAGAGAAGAGUCAUAUGGACAGGUUGGGACCUGGUCCAUCCUGGGGUCAUAGGGCUGGCAGCUUUGGCAUGGAGCGCCUGGAUGAGGAAGCUGGGAAAACCCCCUCUGAUACUCACAACAAACCUAACCACUCCACAUGUACAAAGACCAUGGCAAAAGCAACCGGGCCCCCUCAUGUUUGGCAGCUAAAGCCCCAAGGGGAUUGCUCCAUUGCCGCAACUGGCAAAAGGCCAUCUGCCCGCUUCCCCCACCAGCGGAGGAAGAAAAGGAGGGAGAUGGAUGAUGGGCUGGCUGAGGGAGGGCCUCAGCGAUCCAACACAUAUGUGAUCAAACUGUUUGACCGGAGUGUGGACUUGGCCCAGUUCAGCGAGAACACACCACUGUACCCAAUCUGCCGAGCUUGGAUGCGCAAUAGCCCCUCAGUGCGUGAGCACGAACGCUCACCCAGUUCACCACUGCCCCCACUGCCUGAGGAUGAGGAGGGUUCCGAAGUCACCAACAAUAAGAGCCGUGACGUGUACAAGCUGCCUCCACCGACAGCCCCUGGGCCACCUGGAGAUGCCUGCAGAUCUCGCAUUCCAUCCCCACUGCAACCUGAGACCCAGGGCACCCCUGACGAUGAGCCCUCAGAGCCUGAGCCUUCACCCUCCAUACUCAUCUAUCGUAACAUGCAGCGCUGGAAACGCAUUCGCCAGAGGUGGAAGGAAGCAUCUCAUCGGAACCAACUUCGCUACUCAGAAAGCAUGAAGAUUCUCCGGGAGAUGUACGAUCGACAGUGAUAUUCCCAGGGCCCCACCCCAAUAAACAUUCCCCAGCCCCAUACUGGCAUCUGCUUCAGCCCAUCCUUCCUGGCCUUGACAUAA